AUGGAGGAUGGGAAACUCUGGGAUCCCCCAUCAGACACAAGCAGCACCUCAAAAGAUCACAGAAGAACCCAUGAAUGCUCAGAGUGUGGGAAAUUUUUUAGUCUCCACUCCCUCCUUUUGACCCACAGGGAGGUCCAUGUGGGAAGUGGAUCCAGUCAAGGUUUGGAAGAAGAGAAAUCCUUCUUUGGAAAAGAAGCCAAAGUUCUCAGAAGGUCCCCGAGAAUAAAACCCUAUAAAUGUGAGACUUGUGACUUAUGCUUUCGUCAAAAGUCAUACCUUCGUGCACAUCAGAAAAUCCACACUGGAAAGAAACCUCAUCAAUGUCUGGAAUGUGGGAAAUUUUUCCGUAAAAAAGCCUAUCUCAGAAAGCACGAGAGCAUUCACACAGGGGAGAAACCUUACAAGUGUUGGGAAUGUGGGAAGAGCUAUUCUCAGGAGUCAGAUCUUCAGCGCCAUAAAAAGAUUCAUUUGGGAAUAAAGCCUUACAAAUGCUUUGAGUGUGGGAACAGUUUUACCCUGAGUUCAUCUCUUCGCAGUCAUUUGAAAAUACACACAGGGGAGAAAAACGAAAAGUGCCUCGAAUGUGGGAAAUGUUUUAUCCAGAAAUCAUCCCUGGUGCGACAUCAGAGAAUUCACACCGGAGAGAAACCCUAUGAAUGCCCAGAAUGUGAAAGACGAUUUGUGGAUUCUUCUCACCUUCGUACGCACCAGAAGAGGCAUGAUGGGGGAAAAACCUAUCAAUGUGGGGAGUGUGGGAAACAGUUUCUUACACAAGAAGAGGUCCAGGUUCAUGAGAGGAGCCACACGGGGGAGAAGAUAUUCAAAUGCGGGAAGUGUGGGAAAAGUUACCCUACACAACGAGAGAUCCAGGUUCAUGAGAGGAGCCACACGGGGGAGAAGCCGUUCAGAUGUGAGGAGUGUGGGAAAUGCUUCUUCCGAAAACACCACCUUGAAAGCCAUCAGAGCAUCCACACGGGAGAGAAGCCUUACAGAUGCGUAGAAUGUGGAAAAGGCUUUCGAUUCGUGGGAGAGCUUUCGAUACAUCAUAAAACCCACGCAGGGGAGAUGCCAUAUCAAUGCAACGAAUGUGGAAGCUUUUAUAUUUCCAUAUCAGCCUUUAGAAGUCACGUGGAGAGUCACACAGAGGAAAAAACUACACAUAUUUAG